AAAUGGCAACAUUGAAAUUGGACGGCCCUCAACCAAAAACGAAGGAUUGUUGUGUGUAUUUAUUUCAAGGCCUUAUGAUUAUUGGAUAUUUGCCACCAAAGGAAAACCUAGUGCUAUUUUAUAUAUGGACCAUAUUCAUGAAUGCAUUUAUUACCGUCUACAUGCCAAUUGGAUUUUUAUUGAGUUUCUUGAUUCGUAGCAGUUCUUUUAGUCCUAGUGAAUUCCUAACAUCACUUCAGAUAUCAGUAAAUUGUUUCGGCUGCAGCUUAAAGAUGUUCGUAUUUCUGUUUCUCUAUAGAAGACUUUUAGCCAGCAUUAAAUAUAUGGACCAGCUAGAUUUACGAAUCAGUGAACCUGAAGACAAAAUAGAAAUCCGAAAAAUUGUGGCCUUUAGCAAUCGAACCAACUUAAUGUUUACAGGACUAUUCUUAUCGUAUGCAAGUAGUACUUUCCUGACAUCAGUUAUAAAUGGAAAACCACCGUAUCAACUAUUUAAUCCCUUUAUGGAUUGGACUAAUAGAACGCUCUUUUUUGUUAUACAGGCUGGUGUUGAAUACUUUAUGAUUGAUUUUCAUUGUUAUCAGCAGGCUUUGAUGGACACAUACCCAGUUAUAUUCAUUACGAUCAUACGAACACAUUUGCAAAUACUGACUCGUCGCAUCAAUAAAUUGGGACAAGACUCAUCACUCAGCAGCAAUGAACGAUACGAAGCACUUGUUCAGUGUGUUAUUGAUCACAAAAAUAUAAUGGCUCUUUACAACAAAUUCUCACCCGUAAUAUCUGGAACAAUGUUUGUACAAUUUUUGAUCAUCGGUCUUAUUUUGGGUAUUACAACCAUUCACAUUGUUCUAUUUGCUGACAUAUUGGCCAUAUUCGCAUCUAUGUUAUACGUUGCUUCUAUACUGGCCGAAACAUUUCCAUGUAGCUUUUUAGCAAAUUCUUUGAUGGACGAUAGCGAUAACUUAUCAUUGGCGAUAUUUCAUUCAGAUUGGCCCAGCGAAGAGCCGCGCUUCAAACAGAUGAUCGCAUUCUUUUUGCUGCACACUCAGAAGACAUUGAUCCUUACUGCAAUGAAAAUAUUUCCAAUAACAAUGAAUUCAAAUAUUAACGUUGUUAAAUUUGCAUUUUCAGUCUACACAUUGAUGAAGCAAAUGGAUUUUGGUCAAAAUCUAAAGGAGUCUGUAACAGGAGAAAAGUUACCCUAAAGCUUUUAUUUUUAUUAUGCACCACUAUAUUUUAAUAAAACUCAUUCAUGCACAUGUUGAAAUAAAUAUUAUUAGUAU